UGUGUAUUCAUUUGUGUAGGUGCAAGAAAACUCACCAGGACAUAGAGCUGGGUUGGAACCAUUCUUUGAUUUUAUUGUUUCUAUUAACAGUUCAAGACUGAAUAAAGACAAUGACACUCUCAAGGAUUUGUUGAAGGCAAAUGUGGAAAAGCCUGUGAAGAUGCUAGUAUAUAGCAGCAAAACUCUGGAGCUCCGAGAGACCUCAGUAACUCCCAGCAACAUGUGGGGUGGGCAAGGCCUCCUGGGGGUCAGCAUUCGCUUCUGCAGUUUUGAUGGGGCCAAUGAGAACGUCUGGCAUGUGCUGGAAGUUGAACCGAAUUCUCCUGCUGCACUUGCUGGUCUUAGACCUUACAGUGACUACAUUAUUGGUGCAGACACCGUCAUGAAUGAGUCUGAAGACUUGUUCUCCCUUAUUGAAACACAUGAAAGCAAGCCAUUAAAACUUUAUGUAUAUAACACGGAUACUGAUAAUUGUCGGGAAGUGGUUAUCACACCAAACUCUGCAUGGGGUGGAGAAGGAAGCUUAGGUUGUGGGAUUGGAUAUGGAUACUUGCAUCGAAUACCUACGCGUCCUUUUGAAGAGGGGAAGAAGAUCUCUCUCCCGGGACAGUUGGCUAAUACUCCUGUUAGCCCACUCAAAGAUGGCUUUACAGAGGUCCAGCUCUCUUCGGUUAACCCCCCAGCUUCACUACCCCCUGGAACAACGGGAACAGAACAGGCCCUGGCUGGGCUUUCCAUUAGCUCAACACCUGCUGUCCCUAAUAUGCUCAACACAGGUGUUCCUACAGUACCAUUACUGUCUGCCCAAGCAAGUCAGGCUCUUCCUCCGGGUAACACAGCACCUACAUUGCCAGGUUUGAUGCCUUUACCCACUGGACUUCCUAAUCUGAGUAAUAUCCCAAAUCUGAAUUUACCUGCCCCACACUUGAUUCCUGGUUCUGGAUUAGCAGACAUUGGGCAUCCUGGUUUGCCACCGCUCCCUUCCUUGCCUCCAAUAAAUCUCUCUGGAAUUCCAAAUCUGUCACCGGAAUUCCUUGCACAGUUUCCCUUGGUCCCUGAGGUGUCCACCCUGCCUACAGAUCUGCUCUCCUCCGGUCCUCAGAUGGGGAGCCUCCCUGCCAAGCCUGCCGCUACUGUAAAUGUGGAACAAACCUCUUCAUUCAACCUGGAUAGUGCAGCUGUUCCUGCUCCCACUACUGCUCUUUCUGCGACUGCUACAACGUCAACUUCCAGUACUCCUGCUGUUAACGUAUCUAGUCCUGAAGAUAGAGGAGAUGGAUCAACCACAUUCAAUGAGAAAACCACAUUGUUGGUCACAGAUACAGCUGUUUCUGAAUCAUCAUAACUUCAACUGAAUGAUUGAAUUGGGCUUGAUAUAUUUAUUCAGCUGUGGGGUAAAUAUGAAAAAAUACAAACUACCAUGGGUUUCAUGAUAGUUUGUGUUUUGCUGUUAGGAUUGCUGUAAAUAUACUGAGGGUGACUUAAGAGCCUGGGAUUUUUUACUGCAGGCUUGGUUUGGGUUAGGGAAAAGAGGACAAAGUGCUUAUAUUUAAAGCAAACAAGUAAAAGCAAAAUCAAACAUCAAGGUAGAGUAUGUAGACUUCAGCUGCCACAAUAAGGUAUUUUUUUUAAUUUAGCCUGACUUCAGUAAGCCUCCGUGCUUGCUUGCUUACUUUCUUCCCUCAACAAGAAGCAGUUCAUGCUUUUGGCACUCAAAAACCAUCUUUCUUGGCAGGACAACUCAAAUGUUCGUGAUGCCUUCUGUAGGAGUAAAAAGCGUUUACUUUGUCCACGUUGUACAUUUUAGCUCUAUAAAAACCUUCAAAUGAAUGUGUUUUAUUAAACAUUUCAGACUGUCAUUUUAAAAUCUACCUAUAAGCAGAUUGUUCUGUUUAGCUUCAGCGUGCCCUUACCUGGAUUUAACCACUGCUGAUUUGCAUAUAAGCCCAUUCAUAAGCCUGAAAGCAUUUUGAAGAAACCAGAAAAAAGUGGGGGGGGGGGACUGUUAAUGUUGGUUGCAGCUCAGGAGCAAGAGAGGGAAACUUCAGACUUUUUUUGUAAAACAAGUUGUAUGGAGAGAGCUUACAUAACGGCAAUAAAUUGUGAGAAUUUUAUCUUGUGACGUAAAGUGAGCACUUUAUUAAACUGGGGCACAGACAA